AUGGGCGUGGAGCCCCCCAAUUUCAAGUGGGUGCUGCCGGACCGGCUGGCGGGGCUGGCGCUGCCGCGGCUCCCCGCCCACUACCAGUACCUAUGGGACCAGGGUGUGCGGCACUUGGUGUCCCUGACGGAGCGCGGACCCCCUCACAGCGACACCUGCCCUGGCCUCACUGUGCACCGACUGCGUAUCCCAGACUUCUGCCCUCCUGCCCCUGACCAGAUCGACCGUUUUGUGAAGAUCGUGGACGAGGCCAACGCCCGGGGCGAGGCAGUGGCGGUGCACUGUGCCCUGGGCUUUGGCCGUACCGGUACGAUGCUGGCCUGUUACCUGGUGAAGGAGCGCGGCCUGGCUGCAGGAGAUGCCAUCGCCGAAAUCCGACGCAUUCGACCCGGUUCCAUCGAGACCCAUGAGCAGGAGAAAGCCGUCUUCCAGUUCUACCAGCGAACUAAAUGA